UGUCAGCUGAUACCAAGAAGUGGUUUACCUGGCUUACUAUCUGUCAGGACGCCAUUGUUAUUGUAUUGUUUGUUCUUUUGUAAUAUAUGGUGCAAUUAAUGAUAGUGUAAAUUGUACGUCUUAUUAUAUUAUUCAAUAAACUGAUUAAAGAAGAAUACCACAAUGGGUCUCAUUUGUUCCACGGCCCAGCUUGCCUGCCUUUGUGGGAGCACAGCCUGCAGUUUCUGUUGUUCCCAAUGUCCAACUUGCCGUAAUAGUACAAGUACUCGCAUUAUGUAUGCACUACUAUUAAUGUUGGGUACUAUUGCUGCUUGUAUUACAUUGGCUCCAGGUUUACAGGAUGCCCUGAAAAAGGUACCUUUUUGUUCCAAUAGUACAAAUUAUAUUCCUUCAACAUUUGCUGUUGAUUGUAAAUCUGCUGUUGGCUACUUAGCCGUGUAUAGAAUAUGUUUUAUCAUAGCUCUUUAUUUCUUCUUGAUGUCAAUAAUAAUGAUCAGAGUAAGAAGCUCUAAAGAUCCUCGGGCUCCUAUACAAAAUGGGUUCUGGGCUAUUAAAUAUCUUUUAAUAAUUGGUGGAAUUAUUGGUGCCUUUUUUAUUCCUGAAACAUCAUUUGGAGUAACAUGGAUGUAUUUUGGAAUGAUAGGAGGUUUUCUCUUUAUUAUUAUUCAGUUAAUUCUUAUAGUUGAUUUCGCCCAUUCAUGGGCAGAUGCUUGGGUAGGAAAUUAUGAAGAGACUGAAUCAAAAGGAUGGUAUGCUGCACUUUUGGGAGCAACACUGUUUAACUAUGCUGUUUCUAUCACAGGAAUUGUAUUGCUUUAUGUAUACUUUACACAUGCAGAUAGUUGUGAAUUGAACAAAUUUUUCAUAUCAUUUAAUCUGAUCUUGUGCGUAAUUACUAGUGCCAUAUCAAUUCUUCCAAUAGUGCAAGAACAUUAUCCACGUUCUGGCCUGCUGCAAUCAUCUAUUGUUUCAUUAUAUGUUGUUUAUCUAACUUGGAGUGGAAUUUCAAACAAUCCAGAGCGUACAUGUAAUCCUGGAUUCCUACAGUUGAUUUCUGGCAAUGAUCCUGAUGCUCAAAAUCGUGUUGCUUUUGAUAAAGAAAGUAUCAUUGGUUUAAUCAUAUGGUUCAGCUGUGUAUUGUACAGUUCUUUACGUACUGCAUCCAAAUCAUCCAAGAUUACAAUGUCCGAGAACGUUCUGGUUAAGGAUAAUGGAGCUGUUAGGAAUACAGAAGACCAGAAUCUUAUAGACAACGGAGAUUAUACUCCGGUAGAAGGUCGUAACCCGGAUUCUGAGGCUGGAAACGAAGCAAAAGUUUGGGACAAUGAAGAGGAGUCGGUAGCUUACAACUGGAGUUUCUUCCAUCUUAUGUUUGCUCUUGCUACUUUAUAUGUCAUGAUGACACUUACAAACUGGUAUAAACCAAAUUCCAAUCUGGAUACUUUGAAUUCCAAUGUUGCUUCCAUGUGGGUGAAAAUUAUAUCUUCCUGGAUGUGCUUAGGAUUAUAUGUUUGGUCAUUAAUUGCCCCUGCGGUAUUAACAAAUCGAGAUUUUUCUUAAGUAUCUGAAGAAUUUCAGUUCAGAAAAUUGGAAGCAGUAAUAGACAGUAGUUUUGUCGUAGGUUCUGGCACUGGAGAUUUUUUCAUCAGAUAAUUUUUAAUAUUUUGCACUGGUGUAUCAACUAGUAAAGUAAGAGUUAUUGAUAAGACAAUAAUCCAUACCAAUUCGUUCAAGUUGAACUGCAAAGAAAUACAUUCUAACAUUAUAUCUGUACUUGUAUAUGAUUUAUUGAAGUUUAUAUAAAAAAAAAUGUGAAUAACUUA